AUGGGGUACAAGGGUCGCAAACCUUGCAAGCCUAAGUCUUCCCCUACUCAAGUUCCCGAUUGUAAUCCACCUGCAGCUAAGUCGCCCCCUCCUCCAUUCAUCGUGAAAUCUCCCCCUCCUCCUUCCUACUCACCUCAAUCGCCACCACCUCCGGCAAAAUCGCCACCUCCACCUGCGAAAUCACCUCCUCCUCCCAUUGUGGCUAAAUCACCACCACCUCCUGCAAAAUCUCCUCCUCCUCCAGUGGUGGUCAAGUCCCCUCCACCCCCGAUGAAGUCUCCCCCACCACCAUACACCUAUUAG